AAACACAAUGCAACGCUUUGCCUUAAUUCGCGAAGCGCUUGCGUUGGUUGAAUUGCGUAGCCUUCACCGCUGUCCUACGCUUACGCUUUUAGCGUACUGCCCACCGUUCUCCAGGGAGCCUUUUAUCGUGAGGGUGCAGGCUGGGUGUUGCAGCUGUCGCAGUCAUGGCCAGACGCAGGAUAACACAGGAGACCUUUGAUGCAGUGGUCAGGGAAAACAUUGAGGAGUUUGACAUGGAGGAAAGUGAGGCUUUGAAGGAGGCCAUUGAGCAGUUUGAAUCUCAGGGCGUGGAUCUCAGCAACAUCGUUAAAGCAGUGCCCAAAGUUUCUUCUGAAGAAAACACCGAGGAUCAGACCCAUGAGGUCCUUCAGGCUUUGGAGUCUCUCAGAGCUGCAGCGUCUUCAUCGUCCGCCUCCGUCCUGGAGGACCUGAGAGUCUUCACCCAGCAGUGCUCCCUCGGCUUCGCUCAGCGGUACCUGGCCGCUCAGAAAGAGGCGUACCCCACCAUCCUCGCCUGCUGCCAGAGAGCCGGCGGAGAGAAGGAGGCCCUUUCCGUGGCCCUGGGCGCGCUCUCGGCGCUGACCGACGGCCAGCCGGACCUGCUGGAGGAGCGCGGGCGGGACUUCCUGAUGGGCGCCCUGAGCGAGCACCGGGCGGACGCCGCCCUCAGCUGCCUGUGCGUCCGGGUCGUGCGGCACUGCUGCCUGAAACACGAGAACAACCGGCAGGAUCUGGUGAAGGCCGGCCUGCUGCCGCUGCUCACCGCCGCCGUCACACGCCACAUCCAGCACCCCGAGGUCGUGAGGGAGGCCUGCGUCGCCCUGAGGGUCAUGACCUUCGACGACGACGUGCGUGUGCCCUUCGGACACGCCCACGAACACGCCAAGAUGAUCGUGCUGGAGCACAACGGACUGAAAGUCAUCGUAGAAGCUGCUAAAGCUCACCCGGAGAACCCGGCGGUGCUCAGCGAGCUCUGUGCCACUCUGUCCCGCCUGGCCGUGAGGAACGAGUUCUGUCAGGACAUCGUGGACCUCGGGGGCCUGAAGUUCAUGAUCACGCUGCUGGCCGACAGCCUGGAUUGUCAGGAGCUGGUGAAGCAGGUGCUCGGCGGGCUGAAGGCCAUCGCGGGAAACGACGACGUCAAAGAUGCCAUUGUGAACGCGGGAGGGGCGGAGCUUAUCGUUAUGGCGAUGAACCGUCACAUGGCCAAUGCGCAGGUGUGUGAGCAGGGAUGUGCAGCGCUCUGUGUCCUCGCUCUACGCAAACCCAACAACUGUAAGGUCAUCAUGGAGUGCGGCGGAGCGCUGGAGGCCCUGCAGGCCAUGAAGACUCAUCCGGCUGAAGUUAAUGUGCAGAAACAGUCGUGCAUGCUGCUGAGGAACCUGGUGGCCCGCACCCGAGACUUCAGCCAGCUGAUCCUGGAGAUGGGGGCCGAGGCGCUGAUCUCGCAGGCUCUGGCGGCUCACAGGGACUGCGGAGACGUGGGUCGAGCCGCUCUCAGAGACCUCGGCUGCCAGGUGGAGCUGCGGGAGCUCUGGACGGGCAAGAAGGGAAGCCUGAGUCACUGAUGGACGCUGCCAAACGUCUGUAAACUCAAAACAAUCACCGUUAAAUGAUACCAUAGCAUGCCAUCAAACAUCUUCCGAAGUGCGUCUGACCUCUUCAUGCAAAGGAUGCAUUGCAGCUUACAGUGUAGAUAUGUUCAGGUUUUUUUUUAGUUUUGUUGUCAUUAUUUAUAGUUUGUAAAUUUUUUUUUUUUAACCCGUGAAUGACCACUGCUUGGUCUGGAUUCAUUUGAGCUGAUGCUGACUAAGAAUCAAGUGUACUUAAUUCAGAAGUGCAUUGCUGGAUUGUCACACUGUGGCCGUUUUACCCUUAAUAACACAUUUAAUCUUAAGAUCAUCACCCUGCCUGUUGUAUGCAGUGCAUUUCAUGCUUACUUUUGACAUUCCAAGGUGUUUAUUUUUUAUUUUAUAAAUGCAAACGCACAAGAUGAGCCAAACAAAGAGUCACAAGUGUUUUCUGUGUUGCAAUAUCAGCUGAAGACCUGAUUAAACCUGCUCUGUACUAGAA